AAGUCAACUAGUAUAUGUCCGAACCAUCUUAAACUCCUUCCACUCCCAUUUCAUUCCACACCCACUAAUAACAACUUAACAACUCCACCACCCAACACUCCACACUUUCCCCUCGCCGGAACCCUACCGUCAUGCCAAUCACCGAUCACCGGACCACAAAGUCAUGGAACUUGUGUAGCUUCUGGAAGUGUUUUGGGGCAAGAGACUCUUCUUCUUCAUCUACUCAUAAUCUUUCUCCUGCUCACCAAAACAGCAGCCUCGAAUCCAACUCUAAGCCGAACAAUAACUUUGCUUCUGCUGUCAAGUUGAUUCUUCCGAUCACUCGUCGCCUUCGUUUCGAUCCUUCCAGAACUCUCUACUUUCCAUAUGAAGCAGGUAAACAGGUGAGAAGUGCUGUGAGGAUCAAGAAUGCCAGCAAGUCUCAUGUGGCCUUUAAGUUUCAAACCACAGCACCUAAGAGUUGUUUUAUGCGGCCUCCUGGAGGAAUACUUGCUCCUGGUGAAAGCCUUAUUGCUACCGUGUUCAAGUUUGUGGAGCUGCCAGAUAACAAUGAAAAACAAUCUGACCAGAAGAGCAAGGUGAAGUUUAAGAUUAUGAGUUUGAAGGUGAAUGCAGGAGUGGAUUAUGUACCGGAGUUGUUUGAUGAGCAAAAAGAUCAGGUAGUUGUCGAGCGGGUUUUACGGGUAGUUUUCUUAGAUGCAGAGCGAUCGACUCCUGCAUUGGAAAAACUAAAACGUCAAUUGGCUGAAGCAGAGUCAGCUAUAGACACACGCAAGAAAUCUCCAGCCCCUACAGGUCCGCCAGUUGUCGGGGAAGGUCUCGUCAUAGACGAAUGGAAAGAAAGAAGGGAGAAAUAUCUUGCUCGCCAGCAGGUUGAAGCAGUUGAUUCAGUGUAAACAUCACAUUGCUUCUAUUCUUAUUCCGUUAUUGUAACUGCUCCUUUUGCCUCCAUGAAAAUCCUUGGUUUACAACUUGCCAUCUCCAUAGGGUGACCGCUGGAGCAACAUGAUUUGCUUCUCAGCAUGUAUAGAAAGAGCUAGGUUUUGAAACCGUUGUACAUGUUUGACUCUGUUUUGCAAUGAAAAUAAUUAUCUUGUAUCCAA